AUGGCUAUUUGCGGGAUAACUAAGGUGGGCUCCCAGGGCCGGGAACACCCCGACGGGCUCGAGACAAAGACAGGAGAGAAGCGCUGGGGCUGGGUCCCCCCCGGGCAGCACACAAGGAACCGAGCCAGGACAGCGCGAACAGCGAAGGCGGCGGAGCGGGGGGAGGCGGCGGUGGAGGCGGGCAUGGGGCGGGGAGCGAGCCCGGGCGCACGCAGGCUGGGGAGGGAGCGCGGCGGGGGCCGAGGCGGGGCUGAGCAUCGGGGGCAGCCGGGGGAGGGCGGCGUAGGAAGGGAAGGGGCCGAGGAGGCGGCCCCGACGGGGAAGGGCCCUGAGGGGCUCUCACCGCUUCCCGAGGAGCCGCGUGCGAGCCGGACCAACGGGCGGCCGUUCCUCGGCGUCCCGCGCUCCCGGCGAACCGCCCGCCGCCAUUUUGGAUCCGCUCCCUCCUCCGCGGGCUCCGCAGACCCCGACCCCCCCCCGCCCUCCCCGCUCAAAGCCCCGUUGGGACAAACAGCGGGCGGUGCCGCAUCCCACAUCCCGCCCGGCCAUCCCCACUCACCGCUCCACUGCCGCUGCCGUCACCUCCCGGCACACGAGCCCCGCUCCCGCCUCGGCGCUCGCUCCGCGCUUGAGGGAAGGGGCGUAGCCAACCGUAUAGCCCGGCCCCGCCCCCCUCGCCCGCCAUCUUAUUGUCAGGGCCCACAAAGGAUCUCGGCCCCCGGGCUGUGCCGUUGGAUGGCGCAAACGCCGCUCGCCUUUACGAUUGGAUGCGCCGUCACCGCGGCUCCCGGCCGCUCCCGCCCCUCAGUCUCGGCGCUGGGGAGGCUGCACGGUUACCAUAGAGCCGGGCCCUUCCCCUCGGCCGUGACAGGCUGGGAGGCGGGGGCCGAGGCGGAGCCCCCGUUUCAAACAGCAGCCAAAGCCCCGCGGUGUGGCUGGGCUCUGGGCCACGGGCUCCGGCGGGAGCAGGUUGAGACCUGGCUCGGCAGCAGCCCGCCCCCAGGCCGUGCCGCCCCCGCUGGGCCGGGCUGCUCCACUCUCGUUUUGCUCCACUCCGCGCCGCUUCCCUCAGGGCCGAGAGUCCCCGACGCCUCCCGCCCCCUCAGCCCGCAGGGUGCCGGGCCCCGUGACUCCAUUAGCAAGGCUUGUGGCAUUUCCUGUCUGAGCCCCGCAGGCUGCUUCCCUCGGUGUCCCAGCAGCUCCAACCUUCGUCUUGAGCGAACGGCCCAACGCUUUGGACGCUUCGCUCUUGGCUUUGGUGCUGCGGGACAUCUGGCCCUGAGGGCCAGAAAGCUGGGUGAGGAGAGCAGGAAAAUGUGCGCUUGCACUGCCGGUGCUGGGAGCCAAGCAGACAUGAGUCAGCCUUGAGCUGGAAGCUGUGCAGCUGUCGUCAGUGCGGUGCUGCUGCUGAGCCCUGUCGGGAGGCAAGGUGUGCUCAUCCAGCUCCGUGCUGCACCAGCGUGACCCUGUGCGGUAGGAGAAGAGUUUGGGCUGUGGUUCAGAACUGGGAUGGAGCUUGCCUGCCUCUGCCUGCCAAAGACAACAUGGACGUGCUCUGAGUCUGUGUUGUUUCUCUCAUAAUAAAUGCUUGAUUAAAGCUUGUAA